GUGAUUUCGAAGGCAAAGCUACCAGGAUAGGUAUAUUAGUCCUGAUUUUAGGCGAGGAACUCAUGAUUGAACCAAUGCUUCCGUUCUACCUGCUCCCCGCUUUUUCUAACCUCUUCAGGGCUACUAACCUACAUCUCACCUCCAGCUGAAAACUUACGUUUCUGCUGUCCCAGCCCUGUCGCUGUUACUCUGUUUGCGCCAAACUUUGCUCUCCCAAGAUGGAUUCCAUGUCAGUUGCAGCUCGUGUUGCCGGGGCCGUUACCCUGGUAUCUGAAUCUCUCACCACAGGAAAGUCUACUUACCCUGCUUGGGAGGUUUUCUCUCUCCGUUUUUCCCGCAAGACCUAUAGCGACCUCAGACAUAAGUUCGGGACGCUAAAGGCACUUUUCCUCCUAAUGACAUUUCCCGAUGCCAAGCAUAUUGUGGAUCGAAUUGAGAAGCAUGUGCUCGAUGCUGAAGCAGAUGAGCCGAUGAUGCUACGAAAAUCCACGUCCGAAGAUUGCACAAUGCUAGCUGUUGCUGGAGCUAUUGUGGCGCAAGUCGCCAUUACCGCCCUAGGACUUGCAGAGCUUGACAAGGUUCAUUGGACUGCAGAAGCAGCAUUUGUGGCCAGCUUGGCUGCUGGAGGUCUCUCAGUCUUUUGUGCUUGCUUGGUUCAACAAACGAUGAGUGGUCUUCUCACCACCAAUGAUGUUAAGGAUUUUUUCAGCCAGCCCAACAGCUCAGAGAAAUUUAAAUCCCUCGAACCACACCUAGAUCAGUUGAUAUCAGACAUGACGAAGGAAAGCCCCGGUGAUGAACAGUCCGAAAGACAUCGACGGAUGACAGAACUGGAGUCGAUGAUCAAGCAAUUCAAAAACAAGAACAAAUGGAAAUCUGCUUCCUUCCCUUCUAUCCUUAUGGUCAAGGCACCGACUCUCCUUUUGAAAUGUGCACUGAUAGCUUUCAUCAUUGGACUUGGCAUCUACUACGGCUGUCUGGCGUUCAGCGACGUGGGUUCUGCGAAGUCUCGAAUAUCAUAUUUCUCAAUAUUCAUUAUCUAUAUGAUGACUGUUUUUGUCGGUUAUCAGAUCUAUCAUUUCCCGUCUAUGAUGAAGGAACUAGAGCUGGCGCCAGCUCGUCGCUACGCACAAAUCAUGACCAAUGAGCUUGUCAAGCCCCAACGCCGGGAAGAGACUAAGAUUUUGCAAAACAUCAGGGCACUGUUGAAUCCAGACGAGCAGGAAGCAAAUCGAGAACAUCCAUCUGACGAUGCUAUGUCUUGGGAAGGAAGACUCGAGGACAUGGAUAGACCCCGGUACGAUCCCCCGCAUGAUAACUCGGUCGAACGGUCCAACAAGAGUGCUGGUGAGACUGCAGAGUGUGUUCGAAGUUAUACAGUGUAGCCCUACCUUGGAUAGCCUUGGAUAGCCUUGGAUAGCCCUCAAGAGUAUUAGGCAAGCUAGCGUGAUUGUAGCCUGGAAAGCACAAGCAGGAACUGGGCGGCGGUGGUAGUGUGGGAAUAUAUCAAUCUACAGAUAAUGGAUUAUAGAUGGAUAUACUCCGUAGAUAUAUCCUCUAUUUACUUAUUCCCUCCGUAUUGAACCCUGCAUAAACAGACCCUGUCAGCAAUGCAGCAUGAGUCAGACCCACCUACAAUUAACUGAACAUGUUACCCUAGACCCACUUGAACUUUGACACU